AUGUCGGAAGUGCACGAGCUCAGCCAUGAAGACCUCACAUUCCUCGAAGAUUUCAUGCCCAAAAGAAUUGAUGAUGAUGCCAAUGAGCUGCCCUACACCACAUUGACCUGGGCCCAGUCACUCGAUGGCAAAAUUGCCCUGGGACGCGGUUUGCGUACACAACUUUCCGGUGUCGAGAGCAGAUCCAUGACCCACUACCUCCGGGCACGACACGAUGCCAUUCUGGUAGGUCGCGCGACAGCUGAAGUCGACAAUCCAAGUCUGAAUUGCCGAUAUCCCGGUGCAAGCUUCGAUGACCAGCCGCAGCCCGUGAUACUGGAUAUGGACGGUCGCUGGGCAGUGCAGGGCCCGACUAGUAAAGUCCAUGGCCUUGCCACUACCAAACAAGGCAAGUUUCCAUGGCGUAUUGGUGGACAAGACGUACCGGGACAUACUUUCAUUGCGGCCGUGGAGACGGAUCGUCAUAACAUCACGACCAUUUCCGUCCCGAAACAAGCGGGCAGGCUGGCAUGGAGGGACAUUUUGAAGGCAAUUAAGAAGCAAGGCGUCAACAGUGUUAUGAUUGAGGGCGGUGCUCAGGUGAUACAAGAUCUCCUGGCGCUCCCGCAGCUCGUAGAUGCGGUUAUCAUCACAGUGGCCCCUACCUUCCUAGGGUCAACAGGGAUUUCCAUCAGUCCAGCGGAGAGGCGGUCAUCGACAGGCGAGAUCAUCAAUGCUGCGUGGCUUGAAAACAUGCGGUCGCGACCCUUUGGAAAUGAUAUUGUCACGUGUGGUCGACUUGCUAGGGAAAUCCCCUCAUCACCAGGGCGUUCCUUCGACAUUGCCAUGCGUUGA